UACAUAUUAAACUACUUAAACAGUCAGUGCUGUUCUCAAUGCCUGUCUGACUUGAUGUUAUUAGCACAAACACUUUAAAGGUGAUCAUUUAGGACUUCACGUUUUUCUAUGUCCUAACAAAAGGGGAGCUAAGGUGUUUUUUCACAUGGUCUUACUGAGGUGAUGCAAAUUGAAACAUGCAUUCUUUUUAAUUUUUUUGGGGGGGGGGCCCUGGAAAAGCUUAAAAAGGGAUCUUGAAAUUGCUUAAAAAGUGCUUGAAUUUGACCCUGAAAAAAGCGUACGAACCCUGGGAUUAAUGCUAGAGGAGGAUUGAAACUCUUCUUGAUUACAUAGAGCAUUAGCAACCUUCGUGCACUAUGCGCCGCUCAGGUCACACACUUUGUUCUCCAUGUGUAUCUCUCACCAAGUUUUGACACUAUGCUGUGAAUGUGAAGCUGUUUCCUUGCAUACAGUGUGACUUUAAAUCAGCCAAUCAAAUACAGUCUUGCACCUGAAGAGACUAUGAACAGAAAGAUUCUUUCCAUUCAAGUCACGGAUUUGAACAUGAUGAUAUCUCCACCAUCUGUUUUCUAUUUGAUGCUUUUGUUCUUUGGGGAAAUGGCUCAGAAGAGUCAUCAGUCCUCAUCUGUUCAUCAAGACAAAGGGUUUAUAUCCACUAAUGUCGGGGAGAGUGUAACUUUGCAGUGUUUCUACGAAGGUGAAGUGGCGGCAAGGUUUUACUGGUAUAAGCAAACACUAGGAGAGAGGCCAAGGCUCAUUUCUAGCUUCUAUUCGUAUGAUAAAAAUGGCACUUUCUAUGAUGAAUGUGAGAACAAUCCACGCUUCACACUGUCUACUGAAAAAGCUCAAAAUCAUUUGAUGAUCACAGAUCUGCAGGUUUCGGACUCAGCUACCUAUUUCUGCGUGUGUAGCUUUUCGGUAAGUUUUGAAUUUGCAGAAGGAAUCACUGUGAGUGUUAAAGGUUCAGCUUUGAACAGCCGGCCUUUAAUUCAGCAGUCUGCAUCUAAGCCCAUCCAACCAGGAGGCUCUGUGACUCUGAACUGUACAGUACAGACUGGGACCUGUGAUGAAGAACACAGUGUUUACUGGUUCAGAGACUCUAAAGAGUCUCAUUCAGGACUCAUUUACAGCCAUGGAGGCAGGAAUGAUGAGUGUGAGAGGAAACCAAAGACGGACACGAACACCUGUGUGUACAGCCUGCCAAUGAAGAACCUGGAUGUUUCUCAUGUUGGGAUCUACUACUGUGCUGUUGCCUCAUGUGGAUACCUGCUUUUUGGAAACGGGACCAAGCUGGACUUUGAGGACAAGCUGGACUCUCUUCUCUUGGCAUAUGUCUUAAAUGGAGCAGUCGCAUUCAAUACAAUCGUGAUUGUAUUUCUAAUUUCCUCAAUGAGUUUGAAGAAGAUAAAACACUGUCUCUGCACAGAAUCUCUCAGAUUUUCAGAUCUCGCCAUGACAAAUGAAAUGGGCUACCAAAGUUUUUUAAGGGCGAACAAGAUCAACAACACAGGAAGACAUGGGGAUGACACCUGGAGUGAAUGUGUGUACUUUAGUGUAAAUUAGUAAAACUAAUGUUUCAUCUGUGUUUAUCAGAACAACAUAUCAUGCUCUCUCGUUUUAAAGUAUAUCAUGGUAAAGUUUUCAGACAUCUGUGAUGAUUGUAGAGUUUUGUGUCAAAAAAUUAUUAAACAAAACUUUCCAAAAAAAAAAAUGAAUGCAAGUGGAUUUCUGAUCUACACUCACUUGUCAGUUGGAGCCGACUUUUUGCCUUCAGAGCUGCCUUUAACCUUACAUGCUGUUUAUAUUCUAGGCCUUCACAAGAAUGCCUCAUAAAUGUCUACAACAGAUUUUGAGCUACAGAUCAAUUAAAAUGUAUAAAUACCC